UUUCUCUCGUCAUAUCACUGUAGCUUAGCGCCUCGACUCUAUUUGGAACCAUGGCAUUUGUGAACACUCUCAAACAGUGGGAUGAGGCAGUGGCCUGUUUCGAACGCGGGGAUUCCGCAGCUGCCCUUGGAACAUUUCUGGACAUCCAGGAAAAGAACUCCAAAAUCUUUUUCAACAUUGGCUGCCUACAUUUGAUCAAUAAGAACCUAGAUGCAGCUGAAAAGGCUUUGGACAGAUGUAUCGGAAAGGAUGAACACUUGGCUGUUGCAUUCUUUCAAAGGGGGUUGACAUUCUACAAAAAAGAAAGGUUUGAGGAGUCUUUUGCUGAUUUCCAACAUGCCUUCAAGGAGUUGAGGGGGAACCAGCUGAUCGACUACCAACCUCUUGGUCUGAGAUACAAAUUAUAUGCUUGUGAGGUACUGCACAACAUGGCGCUGGCCCAUGCUCAGCUGGGUCAGUGGGAGAAAGCCAAGGAGAACCUCCUGACUGCUCUGAAUCUCAGGACUGAGGCCAAACUCAGCCACAUCGACAGAGGUCUGGAGUGCAUCCUGAAGCAGAAGCUGUUUGAGCCAGUUAAGGUCCCGGCGAAAGUGCUGUUCAAGCCAAACAAGAACUAUGUGGCUGAACUGGAGAAGAAGGACUACCUGGGCAAGGCUAAGGUUGUUUCUUCCAUCGUCUUCCAGGAUGAGUUCUCUGGCUUUGCUCCGUUACAGCCACAGGUUGAAGAUAUUCCUACCAGACCAAAAGCACCUGAAGUUCUGAGGGCUCUGGAGGGAGAGCCUCAUACUGUCCUCUUUGAGUUUGUCCCUGAGACAAGUGAUGAGUUAGCUGUGGUGCCUGGCAACAUUGUCUUUGUGCUGAACAAAGGAUCUGACAACUGGGCCUCUGUCAUCUUCAAUGAGCGAAGGGGGCUUGUUCCUUAUAAUUUCCUGGAGCGUUUGGAAAUAACCUUAUCAUCUAAGCAAGAUCAGGAUGGGACAGACAAGGAUGACAUCCCAGGGCCACCUAGACGAGAACCACCGAAUAGACCUCAGAGAAAUUCUGCAGCUUCUGCUACUGAAAAUCAGAGCAUUGGGGACACAAAAACAGAGUCUUGCCAGAGUGAAGAGUUUAGUGACCCUUCACUCUGUGUAGUGAAAGUGCACUUCACAUACACCAUAGCAAUCUGCAUGGUGCCUGGACUUCCCUACACAACAACUCUGGAGAAAAUCGGUAACAAACUGGGCCUCCCUGCCACAGCAAUCACCUUGAGCUAUGCCCAAAUAGAUUCGGGUAAAAAAGUGAUUGAUGAGAACACAAGGAUGGAAGAUGUUUGGAGCUGUGUCCACAAUGGUCGUUUAACACUGUGGUGUGAUCUCAAAGAGGGAGUGAGUGAGCAGCUACAAAGCCAGACUCACCUGAUGGCGCUUCAUUCCUAUGAGUCUUCAACUCCAGAGGAUCUUGAGUUCCAUCAAGGAGAUACCAUCUUACUUCUCUCCAAAGUCAAUGAAGACUGGUUUGAGGGACAGUGCAACGGAAAGAUUGGCAUAUUUCCGGCAUCCUUUGUGGAAGAAGUUCCUAUGAAAGAUUAAUAAUGUAAAAGGACUCCCAGGAUAAGGAACAAUGACUUCAUAGAGAUUGUGGGAUUUGUUAUUUCUACCUUGAGCAUGAGGUCCGGGAUUCUAUCCGAUCACGCUUUGGCGGCUAUGCACCUUUUAAAGGCAAUGUUCCCACAUUCGUGGAAACUACAUUUAUGGUCCACACUGCAUAUGUUGGCUGACUCAGCUCAAUAUGGGAUUGAAUCCUGGCCUUUGUCUUCUAAUCUGGAAACCACCAAACAAACAUUAGCAAAGAAAAACAGUCAGAUUUCAAUAUUUAUGUUGAGGGGAAGGCAUUUAGGUCCGAAACGUCAUUACCUAAGCAAGGACUUUUCUUCAUUGGGCUGAUAUUUAUCAAUUUAUUUCAUGUUAUUGUUAAAGUGUGUUUUAAGUUUUAAUAACCUUUUUGGCCAGCACAAAUCAAGCAUGCCCAGGUUUUCUACAUAUUUGAAUAGAAAUGCAUUAUUUUGUUUUACCUUCUUUUUACAGUUGAAUUCACAUACACUGAGUUUACAUACACUUAGGUUGGAGUCAUUAACUCGUUUUUCAACCACUCCACAUAUUUCUUGUUCACAAACUAUAGUUUUAGCAAUUGGGUUAGGACAUCUACUUUGUGCAUGACACAAGUAAUUUUUUCCAACAAUUGUUUACAGACAGAUUAUUUAACUUAUAAUUCACUGUAUCACAAUUCCAGUGGGUCAGAAGUGUACAUACACUAAGUUGACUGUGCCUUUAAACAGCUUGGAAAAUUCAAGAAAAUGUCAAAGCUUUAAAAGCUUCUGAUAGGCUAAUUGACAUCAUUUGAGUCAAUUGGAGGCGUACCUCUGGAUGUAUUUCAAGGCCUACCUUCAAACUCCAUGCAUCUUUCCUUGACAUCAUGGGAAAAUCAAAAGAAAUCAGCCAAGACCCCAGAAAAAAAAUUGUAGACCUCCACAAGUCUGGUUCAUCAUUGGGAGAAAUUUUCAAACACCUGAAGUUACGACGUUUAGCUGUACAAACAAUAGUACGCAAGUAUAAACACCAUGGGAUCACGCAGCCGUCAUACCGCUCAGGAAGGAGAUGCGUUCUGUCUCCUAGAGAUGAACGUACUUUGGUUCGAAAAGUGCUAAAUCAAUUCCAGAACAACAGCAAAGGACCUUGUGAAGAUGCUGGAGGAAACAGGUACAAAAGUAUUUAUAUCCACAGUAAAACAAGUCCUAUAUCGACAUAACCUGAAAGCCCGCCCAGCAAGGAAGAAGCCACUGCUCCAAAACCGCCAUAAAAAAGCCAGACUAUGGUUUGCAACUGCACAUGGGGACAAAGAUGGUACUUUUUGGAGAAUUGUCCUCUGGUCUAAUGAAACAAAAAUAGAACUGUUUAGCCAUAAUGACCAUCGUUAUGUUUGGAGGAAAAAGGGGAAGGCUUGCAAGCCGAAGAACAACGUCCCAACCACGAAGCACGGGGGUGGCAGCAUCAUGUUGUGUGGGUGCUUUGCUGCAGGAUGGCAUCAUGAUUUUUACUAGGAUUAAAUGUCAGGAAUUGUAAAAAACUGAGUUUAAAUGUAUUUGUCUAAGGUGUAUUUAAACUUCUGACUUCAACUGUAUGUGCUUGUAUGUAUCUGACACCACAAAUGGUUCCCUCAGGAACAAUCUGCUAUACCUAAGUUAUUUUUAUGUAAUUGUUAAACAAAUUAAACAUUGGGUAUAGCAUGGACACAGACUAUUCUGAAUUGCAGUUUCAGGACCUUUUGGUGUGUGUGUGUGUGUGUGUGUGUAUAUGAAAAUAGCUUUCAUAGCACAUUUAAUGUCUGCAAAUAUGACUGAUCCAGCAGCCUAUAUUAAAGAUUUUGAAUGACAAAAUCAUA